GGGUCAGGCCAAGCCAAGCCAAGCGGCGGCGGGCCAUGCGCGCCUGGUAGAGCGCGGGCGUAGCGGCGUUGUGCUGCCAUGAAUCUGCGGGGCCUGUUCCAGGACUUCAACCCCAGGUGAGGGCGGCCGAGGUUUAUCGCGCUCAGGCGGCCCGGUCCGGCCCUGGCGGCUCUGGGGGACGCUGGGGGAGGCCGGGGAGCCCCUACUGCUGCGGCGCGGUCUGGGCACGGGGAUUCGCGGGCGGCGUUCCUUUGUUUUGGUCCUCUGAAUGUGGGGCUUCCGCUGCCUUGCCAAGCAGGCUGAGAGGAUGAGCUCUGUCACGCCGGCGUUAACGUUACGAAGGAUUUGUAAACGAAGAAUCCCUUAAAAUGUGUGUGCAGGGUAGGCAUCCUGGCUCCGGGUGCUGGGCUCGCGGAGCAGCCGUAGCGGUGACAGAGGGCGGUGCUCAAUCAGUACUCUGUACAAGAGGAAGAGUAACAAACGUUUCAGGAAAUGCGUUGCAGCGAUGUUCAACACCCAAAAUGCGUGUGCUUGAAAGUAAUGGAAAAGCAGGGAAAUGCAUUCCGGAAGUGUAUAGGGUAUUGUUGUUGCCAAGUGCUGCUUGUGGUCUUUAAGGGACAGAUGAGAUCCUUGCUCUGGACAGAAGCAAGGCAGCUUGACAUGUGUGAGGAGGUUGCGUCCUUUGCAAUUAUUUGGUGUGAUUCCUGCUGGUGCGAACAGGUCCUGUGCCUCUGUUUCCAAAUGUUCUGCGCAAAUAUAUUCCUUCUUAGAUUGACUUAGUUAUAAUAACACAUUCUAUAAGCAUUUUAAACUUACGUGGAGACCCUCAGUAUUACAGUGACAAGGUUGACUUGAUAGUCACUAACUUUGUUAAGAGCUUAACCGAUUUUUUUCUGUAACAUUGCUUUCAUUUAAUGGACUGUAAAAGCAAUCCGUGGAGCCUGCUGUAUCACAGCAUGUAACCAUCUUUCGUUUUUAAGUCUGUCUUUGACAUUCAAAGCUAAGUUACAUAAUUUUUUUGUAGUUUUGUCCACACUAUUUUUAACUUAUUUUGAUUUCUAUGAAAGAAUGCAUUUCCCCACAACACAUGCAGCUGGCAUAUUUCUAAGCCUCUAAUAGUACAGCUCUUGACUGGAUCCUUGUGGGAGGGAGCUAUUUAUAGAAGUCCAUUUGUUACAUUUGUCAUGCAAGAAUGCUUUAGAUGUGUUCCCUUAAAGCAGGAAUUUUAUAUGUGAAAGAGAUUACAUGUUAUAUUUAUGGUAGAAUCUUUGACUCUUCAGAUCUCAUUUGAUUCUGUACAAAGGACUUUGAAAGACGUUUUCUGAUAGGAAUUGUCCUGUUCAAUUUUAGCUACAACCAAUUUACUUGUUCUUUGACGAGUUGCCUGCCUAAAUUUCUGUUUGCUUGUUUUCUAGCAAAUUUCUUAUUUAUGCCUGCCUGCUGCUUUUCUCUGUGUUGCUAUCCCUACGUCUGGAUGAUAAAAUUCAGUGGAGUUACUGGGCUGUAUUUGCUCCAAUAUGGCUGUGGAAGCUGAUGGUGAUUGUCGGCGCCUCAGUGGGAACAGGAGUGUGGGCCCGAAACCCACAGUAUCGAGCAGAAGGAGAAACAUGCGUGGAGUUCAAAGCAAUGUUAAUUGCAGUAGGCAUCCACCUGCUACUACUGAUGUUCGAAGUUCUGGUGUGCGACAGAAUUGAAAGAGGAACUCAUUUUUGGCUUCUGGUCUUCAUGCCAUUAUUCUUUGUAUCUCCUGUGUCAGUUGCAGCAUGUGUAUGGGGAUUCCGACAUGACAGGUCCCUGGAGCUGGAGAUCUUGUGUUCAGUUAACAUUCUACAAUUCAUAUUUAUUGCCCUCAGACUCGAUGAGAUCAUCAGAUGGCCAUGGCUUGUUGUUUGCGUUCCAUUGUGGAUUUUGAUGUCCUUUCUAUGUCUAGUAGUGCUCUAUUACAUUGUUUGGUCUGUUCUGUUCUUGCGUUCAAUGGACGUGAUUGCUGAACAAAGGAGGACACACAUCACAAUGGCUGUCAGCUGGAUGACAAUUGUAGUUCCACUGCUCACCUUUGAGAUUUUACUAGUACACAGACUAGAUGGGCACAAUUCUUUCUCUUUUAUACCCAUAUUUGUUCCUCUGUGGCUUUCACUGAUAACUUUAAUGGCAACAACAUUUGGGCAAAAAGGAGGAAAUCACUGGUGGUUUGGAAUUCGCAAAGACUUCUGCCAGUUCCUGCUUGAAAUUUUCCCAUUCCUACGUGAAUAUGGAAAUAUUUCCUAUGAUCUUCAUCAUGAAGAUAAUGAGGAAGCAGAAGAAACCCCAGUUCCUGAGCCACCAAAAAUUGCACCAAUGUUUCGAAAAAAGACUGGAGUAGUCAUUACACAGAGUCCUGGGAAAUAUGUGAUUCCACCUCCCAAAUUAAAUAUUGAUAUGCCAGAUUAACAUGACAACAACCUGUUAAAACUGGAACUGGGAAUCAGCAGACAAAUGCAGUUCAUCUCAUGCCGUGUCCCAGUUAAUUUAAAAUAGCUUUUGCUUGAUUCAGUGGCUUGGAUCACAGAAAUCAGAGAUCUUGAAGAUUCAGAGUUUUUCCACAGAGAUUUUUGUGAACCUUCUUAGUGGUUCACUUGGCACACGUGCCUGUAUAGUAUUUAUAUGAACACUUUAGCAGUGUAAUAUAUUGUUUAAAAGUCUCGUCCUGUACAGUAUAAGUAUUAUCUAAAAGUAUUUUUUUAAAAAGCCUGUAUGAAAUGCCUAUUCUAUUCCAAGUGUCUUUUGGGUCCUAAAUACACUCAUUUGCCAUGUCUGUGCUGAGUAGUUUGUGGAUGUCUUGAUAUAGUACCUCUUUUUUUUUUCUGUUCAGACACAAUCAUUAGUUUAAUUGUGAAAGCACAGGUGUGUUGUGCUUCUAAGAAAGGACUGGAAAGAUUUUUGGGAGGAAAUCAAAUGUAGCUUACAUGAUGCCUUUGAGUUAGCUAUGUGAAUUGUUACAUAUUUCAAUUUUUGCAGUGGCUUGGGAGUGAAGUUGCUUUUCCAGGUUCAGUUUCUAACUCCUCUUGAGCAACACGUAUGCCACUCAUUAAUUUGGCUGUUUAAUAAACUGUUGCCUCUUGCA